UUUUAUUUUGAAGGAGAGCAGCUGAGCUGCCCCGGAAGCUCUACUCUUUCCUGUGGCUAACUUGACAGUGUUUGAACAAGAUGGCGUCGAGCAGAAACGUCUGUUAGCAGAGUGUCUUUGUUGUGUUUUUAAAGUGUGAAGAUGUGUAAAGUCCAAAUGCUGAGAGCGUUGGUGAAGCAGCGACUAACUGCGGCUGCUGAAGAGAUAUUUGGGCUGUUUGAAAGAACGAUAGCAGAGUACGAGGAGCAACUUUGUCGCUCAAAAGAGGAGAACGAGCGACAACGGAAACUACUGGACGCUGUUUACAACCCUCAGCUCAGGUUACACAGAGCAGAUGUCCAGCAGCUGAUGAUGGUUAAAGAAAAGGUUCCCCCUGAGCAGCAGGAGUGGAGCUCCAGUGUGGACCAGGAGGACCCAGAGCCCCCACACAUUAAAGAGGAAGAGGAGGAACUGUGGAGCAGUCAGGAGGGAGAGCAGCUUCAAGGGCUGGAGGAGGCUGAUAUCACCAAGUUCACAUUCACUCCUGUCCCUGUGAAAAGUGAAGAUGAUGAAGAGAAACCUCAGUCUGAGGGACACCACUGUGGAGGACCAGGACCAGACAGGAACUCAGGUCCAGAUACUGAUGAUGAAACCGGAGACUCUUCUGAAGCUGAGACUGAAGACAGUGAUGAUUGGACCGAGACCAGAGAACCUCAGUCAGGUUUAAACUCUCUGGAAAAUGAUGACCCACUCACCAGCGAUUCAAGUUGUAGUGCUGAAGAGAAACUAUUCAGCUGCUCUGUGUGUAAGAAAAGAUUCAGUGUCAGGUGGAAUCUUAAAAGACACAUGAUGACUCAUACGGGAGAGAAACCGUUUAGUUGCUCAAUGUGUGGUAAACGUUUUCAUCGCAAGGACAACUUAUCUGAUCACAUGGCCAUCCACACAGAAGAAAAAACUAGCCUCUCAGAUUGUGGUAAAAGCUAUAUACAGAAGGUACAACUGACUCGCCACACAGGAGAGGGAAGAUCCACCGCGCUUUAUCAGAUGAGAAACCAUCAGUGUGUCGGUCAUCAGUCGUCACAGCUUCAUCAAACCGAGGAGUACAGAGAGGUGGAGCCUCCAGCCAGCGGCUCAACUCAACAGAUGGAAAGAGAAGCUGAUGGGGAGGACUGUGGAGGACCACAACCAGCCAGGAACUCAGAUCCAGAUACUCAUGACAAGCCUGGUGACUCUUUUGUCCUUGAGACUGAUGAUGACCGAAAGAAGACCAGAGAACCUCAGUCAGGUUUAUACUCCCUGAAAAAUUAUAAAGUCCCUGUCCGUAAUUUAAAACGUAGAGUUCGUGAAAAACGAUUCAGCUGCUCUGAGUGCGGAAAAAGAUUUGACAUGAAGUCAGGUCUUACAAUACACAUGAGAUCUCAUACUGGAGAAAAACCUUUCAGUUGCUCAGUCUGUAAGAUGUCUUUUACAAAAACUGGAAAUUUACGGAGACACAUGAGAACUCAUACAGGAGAGAGACGUUUCAUGUGCUCCGAGUGUGGGAAAACAUUUGGUUUCAAGGCACAUCUGGAGAGACACAUAGCAAUACAUACAAGAGAGAAACCAUUCAGCUGUUCCGAUUGUGGGAAACAAUUUUGUGCCAAGUGGCAGAUGAACCAACACAUGAGGAUGCAUACAGGAGAGAAAUGUUUCAGCUGCUCUGAGUGUGGGAAAAGAUUUUGUAUCAAGUCACAACUGGAGAUACACAUUAGGACUCAUACAGGAGAGAAACCAUUCAGCUGCUUAUCUUGUAAAAAAUCUUUUGGACACAAACGAAGUUUAAAGGCACACAUGACAAUCCACACAGGAGAGAAACCAUCCAGCUGCAAACUCAAACAAAGUCAAACUCAAACUAAGGAGAUCAGAGAGGCGGAGCCUUCAGACAGCAGCUCAGUGCAACAGAUGGAAAAAGAAGCUGAUGGAGAGAACUGUGGAGGACCACAACCAGCCAGGAAUUCAAAUCCAGAUCCACAAUUACAACCACAUACUGGUGAUAAGACUGGAGACUACUCUGACCUUGAUACUGAUGACAGUGAUGAUUGGAAGGAGAGCAGAAAACCUCAGUCAGGUUUAACUAAAUGAAAAAUGAUGACGCACCUGUCAGUGCCUGAAGAUGUAGUGCUGGAGAGAAACGAUUCAGCUGGCUAGCGUGAGUGAAAAAAUUUUGCACCAAGACCAAUCUGUAAAGACAAACAUGUUACCACACUGGAGAGAAUCUGUUCAGCUGCUUCAAGGUGGGAAAAGAUUUUGGCAGGGGUCACAGAUGGAGACGCAUAUGAGAAUUUACACAGGAGAGAAACCUUUCCGCUGCUGUGCAGGGAGUAAAGGUUUCAUGAUACUGAAGCAGAGGAGGGGUUGCAGGGGGAAAUUAUAUAUUAAAUAAAUAACAUGCCCAUAUAAUCAGUUUUUAUUUUAUAUACAUGGAAUCACUUGUUUUGUUUUAUCACCAUAUAAGCUUAUAUAACCACACUGUUAUUAUGCACUUUUAUGAUUUUAUAGUCAUUCAUUUUAUUGCAUAUUACAUAUGAUUUCAUGGAAUCACUUUUAUAGUUUCCACACAAAUGUCAUCUCUUCUAGACCGUAUAUGCUGAAGUUGUCAGAAAAGUAGAUGAAACCUGAGCUCCUUAGAGUCUCAGAACAUAUAUAAGGGUUAGACACACUCAGGCUUUUUCUGCGCUUUUUGCAGUGAUAGCCACUUGCUUGACUGUUUUUUUGUUUGUUUGUUUGUUUUUAAAAUUUAAUCUGUCGAGGCAUUGGCUGUGCUCCAAUCCCUCAGGAAAAUUUUCAAGAAAUAGGUUGAGGAGAAAAAAAAACUUAAUAAAGGCU